AUGCGCUCUACAUCCCAGCUGGUGAUGACAUCUUUGUGGCAGAUUCUUCCUGAAAAUAUGCCACUCGAAGAACGAAGUGAACUUACAUAUGCAAGGUGCAAGUCUAUCGUGCAACAUUUCAGUAUUGGGAGCUCGUUAACGAUCCUUUGCCAUCCAUUUCAACGUCUUCAUUGCCACGUUGGCGAUGUAUUUGGAUCGUCGUCCAGACCUCAAGGAAACCAUCGAUCGACUUUUGCGUUUCGAAUUGAAGGACGUCUGAUGUUCCUGGCUCGCGGAUUCUCUUUUCAGUCCUUGUCUCUCAGCGGGCGGUACUGUCUCACGGAACUCGGGCACGGUCUCGAUAUUAUUAACAUGGAGACCGCAAUGCGACGGUACACUUAUUUCAUCAAAGCAGGCCUUCGUCUCCUCGUCACUGCAAUUUUACCAGACGAAGCGUCAAAUAUCCUCUUUCCGCCACUCAUUCGUCCUACGAAUGCGGCUCCGCCGUUAAGAUGGGAUCUAGAUUUCACGACGCAGGAAGGCUACGAGAAGUUCACGCCAAUGAAGGGGAUGGUUCGAGAGCUUUGA